AUGGCGCAAUACGGCUACGGACAGAACCCGCAAUACGGCGCUGGGAAUGCGCAAAACCUCCAAUUCUACCCGUCGUCAUUUUCGAACCAGCCAGUAUCUGGCCAUUCCACACCGUUCCAGGCAAACUACGGCGCACCGGCGAGUCAAGCGUAUCCCGCACAGUAUGGCGCGGGGUUUGCUGCACCGGGCGUGAGUGGGCAGAUGGGUAUGGGCGUGUCGGGGCUGCGGACGGGGUGGCUGGCGGCUUUUGGCACGGAAGGAUACGAUGGAGAGCCGCCGCUACUGGAAGAGUUGGGAGUGAACUUCAGGCAUAUACAGAUGAAGACGUUGGCUGUGCUGAAUCCGUUCGGUCGGAUCGACCAACAUAUCAUGGACGACAGCGAUGUGGCAGGGCCGAUACUUUUCUUCUUGAUCUUUGGGACUUCGUUACUGUUGUCUGGAAAGCUUCAUUUCGGUUACAUCUACGGCCUGGCGUUCGUUGGCACGAUCCUCCUCCACCAGAUCCUCUCCCUCAUGUCCCCGCCUGUCGUCGAAGCGACUCCAGGAGACCACGGUCACCCGCAUGGCUCACAUCUCGGCUCCUCGUUAACGUUCCCGCGAUCGGCAUCGGUGCUCGGAUACUGUCUGCUUCCUCUCGUUCUGGUAUCGAUGUUUGGAAUUAUUGUGCCGCUUGACGGGCUAUUUGGAUAUCUUCUGACGAGCUUGGCCAUCACAUGGUGUUCCUACAGCUCUAGUUCCAUGUUUACCGUUGUUGGACGCAUGACUUCCAUGCGCGGACUGGUAGCGUACCCAAUGGUUCUGUUCUAUGGCAGUUUUGGCAUCAUGGCUAUCUUCAGCUCGCGGGGCACUGGUCAGUUGGCAAAGGCGGCAGGAUCAUAA